AUGGGCAACUCGUCUUCAUCCUCGGGCCGUCAUCAGGAGGAUACGGUCGAUUAUGGUGCACUGGUUCCUCCAGGGGUCUACACCGGACCAAGAGAUUGGAACCAGGCAAUAGUCUCGCAACUCAUAGCGGCUCGCAAGCUCGCCCCUUUCUAUCGACCGCUCGAAGAAUAUGACGAAUCUUGGGACGACGACCAGAUUCUCGCCGCCAGAAAGGAGUUCCGUGACUCAAGCGGCGACCAACCUGAUUCUCAGUCUCGUUCUGACCACGGAAGCUUCUCGUCGUCGCACCAUAGCUCAAAGUCAUCCCACAGCAAACGUCCCAACGGUGGCAAGGAGUUUAGACCCGAGGUCGCUGUCUAUCGCGGUGCAAUCGAGUGUCCUAUUUGUUUCUUGUAUUAUCCUCCCAAUAUCAACCAUUCUCGUUGCUGCGACCAAGCAAUCUGCACAGAAUGUUUUGUCCAGAUAAAACGAGCAGAACCAACCACCACCCAUCUCGUCUCGGAACCAGCCGCAUGCCCUUAUUGUGUUCAGGAGAACUUUGGCAUCGUCUACAACCCUCCCCCUUGGCGAGCUGGCAUCGGUAGUGAAGGAGCCAGCCCGAUUACCCCUGCGGAUGUAAACCGUCGAAUUGAACAAUCUGCGAUCCCUUACCACAAGAAGCGACAGAAGAGCUAUAGCGCGGACAGUCCUGAGGUGGUCACCAUCGAUCAAAUCCGACCCGAUUGGGAGGCCAAACUCGCAGCUGUCCGAGCCGCAGUCGCUCGUCGUGCGAAUAGACGUAUCAUCAUGAGACAAGUGGGAGACAGGCUUAUUCCCGUCGGCAUCGGAAGAGUGCAGACCCCAGAAGAAGCUGCAGAGGGAGGCAACUCUGGCAGCAGGCGACGACGACAUCAUCCAGCCAAUGGAGAGCUCGGAACAAUAGUGGGGAUGGGAGGCCAGGACCUGGAAGAGCUAAUGCUUAUGGAAGCGAUGAGGCUAUCGCUGAUUGAACACGAAGAACACCAGAGGAGGGAGGCUGAGGAGAGGAAGAAGAAGGAAGCGGCAGAGAGGGCCGCUGCGGCGGAGAACGGGGAAGGGGAACCAAGCGACGCCCAAGGUGCUCCCAGUUCAUCGCAGGCUGCCCCCUCGUCUUCGUCUGCGGCGCCACCACCUUCAUCAAGCUCGAAUGACCCAUCUGGAAGCCUCGCGCCUAGUGGACAACAUUCGCGGAGCCCAACUCCAGACUCGAACAAUCGAACACCUCCCCCUUUCAGUACCAUGAAUGCCGCCCUGUUGACGUCCGGCACAGCGACUGCCUUCUUGAAUGCCUCGUCCGACCCAUCAUCAGGCUCGACCACUCCUAGCGUACCAAUACCCGCUGUUACAUUAACCGGUGAUGCUGUCCCAACGACUGGCCCAUCUCCUGAAGCACCGUCGGCUUCCUCUGUAUCCAGCUCCUCGGUUCUGACUGGCGACCUGCCUCGACCCGCUUCAUUAUCUUCAUCAACAACACCAUCAUCAGGAAGCUCCUUAGGGCCGGACCCCUCAUUGGCAGGCCAUGCGGUUUAUGGUACACUUCCCUCGUCACCAGAAUCCAUUGGCCAAUCCCCUCCGCUUGAAGCCUCCAGCAAGUCAUCUAACGACCGCGGAAACGCGUCAUUGCCUUCCGAUUCCAGCCCGACAGACGACGGCACAGCGCCCAGGUAA